AUGUUGUUUGAGUUUUUGGUGUUUGGCCUGAUUUCAUUUUCUAUGACAGAGGGUCACCAUGAAGUACAGGAAGUGUUUGCUGAAUCCAACUCCAAGGUCGUACUCCCGUGUGUCUGCAACACUUCAUCACGUGUUAUCAUUUGGAGGAAAGUCAACCAAGGUACUGUCUGGAGACAAGAGAAGAGCGGAAUGCAGUUUUGGGGCUCCAGAUGGUUGCAGAACGGAGCUCGACGUGUCAGAUGCCCGCACUCCCGAUUUGAAAGAGGUGACUGCAGCCUGCACAUCAGCAACAUCAGGGAGGACGAUGGCGGCGUGUUUGAGUGCAGGUUCAUCAGCGGAGGACAGUUCAUGACACGCUCAGUCAUGCUGAGAGUCAUUAAAGUAUCUGUCUCCUCGGCAGCCCCCGUUGCUGGGAUCAAGUUUUCAGUCCACUGUGGAGUGACACCUGAGCCUGUGGGUGCCAGCGUACAAUGGAGAUUGAACAACAGCAUGUUUGUGUCUCCAAGUGGAAAGAACCUUAAGACAGCUCAGUGGACUAUAGAGGAAACGGCUAGCGUGACACUGACAGGCGAGUGGACUUGUGUGGUGGCCCACCGGGGCUUUGAGGGCCGAGCAUCUGCAUCUUUAACCGUGAAAGGAAUCAUCCAUCCACCCAGAGAUGAUGCAAGAGUGUAUGCAGCUGUGGGAUGUGCAGCCACCCUCCCUUGUGUGUUCUCCCCUGGCUCGAUCCCCUCGAAACCCAGCUGGCGGAAACUACAUCCUGGCUCUUCAACAAAACCUGGUCGUCUUCCAUCUUCCUUUUCCUCUUCAUCACCAGCUUCUAAGCCUGCUUGGGACCAAUCAGUAAGGGUGGAAGAUGUCGGUCUUGAAGAUGAGGGGAGGUACACAUGUGCUGGAGUGGUCGGAGGACAAAGCCUGUCUCGAAGGAUGCAGCUCGUCAUCGCAAAAAUUGACCGCGGCGUCUCCUGGAUGAAAAUGGUGACAUUGACAUGUCAGCUGACGGACACCAGUGAGGUCAUGCGUUACGAGUGGGUUCACGUGACCUAUGACCCCAGUGGCACACGCUUGGUUAAAUCCAUCCAGGAAGGAAAGACUCUUUAUAUGGGCAAAGUGAACGUCGAGGAUGUGGGCGAAUGGGUGUGUCGAUUCCACGGGAAAGAACGCCUUCUGGGAAACGUAACACAUCGCAUUGCACCUCAAAAUGGGUCAACUAGUUCUUUGUACAACACAUCAUUUGUACUCAGUCUCAGCGUUCUUCUCGUUCUUCUGGUUCUGAUCCUGGUUCAGCUGUACAAAAAACACCAGAGGAGAAAAAAGAUCUUUCAGUUCUCUGCACUGGAGACCAUUCUUCAUGUUAAGGUCAACGAGCACGACAAAAGAGAGGAAAGUCAAGUGAAAAAGUGAAGUCAUAUUUCAUCUGAGACUUGUAUUAUAGAUGUUUGUACAUGAACCAAUGUUUGCUAAAGAAGGACAGUAAUGUAUGUAUGUUGAGUGGUAAAUGCUUUUAUUCACUACACAAUAAAAAAGUAGAACUAUAUAUGUACACAAAACAAUGGCCAAUAUAAAUAAGUUACAUACACAAAACACAGAUCUAUAUGUAAACUACAUUCAAGUCAAAAAAAAAUAUGAGC